CAUCAACCAUCCACCAUCAACCAACAAAACACUAAACCAUCACACAAUGCCCUCUCUUCUGGCAACCUCCACCGCAGUCCUCCUCACAGCAACAGCAACCAGCAUCUACCUUCUCCACACCUCGCUAAAAUCCCGCGUGCACCAUGAAUCCCACCGCAGCAGCGGCACGCGCCUCCCCCCCGCAACAACAGCAGCAAUAAUGACCCUCCCACCAGCAGCGCUGACCACCUCAUAUCGCAUCAUGCACGACUCCGCAACGCAGCGUAUCCCACGCAGCCAACUCUCAAACAUCCCCCUCCCCGACCAGUUCACCCUCCUCGUCCGGCGCAACAUGUGCGCGUUCGCGCGCUUCCCGCAAGCCUGGAUCCUAUGGCUGACUAGCCCGGCCGCACAGCGCCAGACAUUCACGCAGAGUCAUAUCCAGGCACUGGACUUCAACGAGGGCGACGUCGUGUGUGCCGUUUACCCUGUGCUGCGACGGAGCGAGAACGCGGUCGAGAUGGGGAUUCGAUCCCCGCGACUGCCGUCUGUCGAGGGGAGACUUGUGAUUCGGUGGGAGGAGAAAGGGGACGAUGUGGUCUUCUGUAGUGAGGCGGCUAUGUGGACCGGGGUAGAUGAGAAUGCCGUGAUGCCGUUGGAAGUUCCUUUUGUGCGGUUCAUGCAUGAGAUGGCGUCGUGGUGGUUGUUGGAUUCGGGGGUGCGGUAUUUGGUGGGGUUGGGGAGGUCGGGGUGAUUGUUCUAUUCUUUUAUUCUUCUGCUUGCUCUUUCUUUCUUUGUUGGCUUUAUGUUUGUGCUGGCUUUAUGCUGUCUGUUAUUGGCAUUAUGGGUUCGUGGUGGGAUUGUUGGUGUGGCGCUGGGCUAGUAAGUAUCAAAGGGAAUGUCUUUGAUAUCCCUCGAUAAAGAAUUACAUUGUCGUCGUC